CGUGCCUCAAUCCAGUGAUAAGGCAUUGCAGCGUGUUGUGCUAAGGGGAACAGUCUCUACGGAUACCAUUACACUAGACAAUGUUCAACUUACCAGAAAGUAGUAAAGAAAAAACGCUGUGAAGUUUAUGCGGUGACCAAAAAUCGGGAACAGUCUAGAAGGCGUUUGCGGGGAAAUAUGUCAGCCUUAGAUUGAAAACAAUCCAUUUGGAUUUAUCUUAGAAGUUGAAAGAACAAGUCGAUUUUUGUGCAGAGAAAUUCGAAAAGGACGGCGUAACAGAGCUGCGUAUAGUACGCUCCUUUAGGCUGCCGAGAACAAAUGUCAGCAAUGCGGCUAAGUUUCAUUCUCGUCGUAAUUUUGCUCGCGCACUUACCGGACUUCUCCAUUCAACAGUAUUACAGAGAUGAGCGUUAUUAUCCGCCACCGCGUUGGAACGACCCGAAGUACUAUGACAACUACUAUCGCUACACACAUAACCUACCCAUUAGUGGAUAUUACGGAUUUGGCUACGGAAAUUACGGCUACGGACGUGACGAUUACGGUCGAGACCGAGGAUACAACAACGGACGUUCGGUAAACGGCGACGCAGGUGGCGCUAGUUAUCACCCCGACUAUUAUUACAACCGAGGAGUAAGCGGAGCAGAAUACUACAAUAAUCUUCCAUACGGAGGCUAUUAUCGAGGUUAUUAUGAUGAUGACUACUACAUGCGAGGUCGCUCAUAUGCAUCUCCGAGCGGAUAUUAUCACGACCCGCAAGGGUACUACUAUGGACAGGCACCGUAUGACGAUUAUUACCGCAGGUACCCUUUGACGCCGGGCUAUGGAGCUUACGAUUAUUAUUAUUAUGGACAAAACAUGCAAGAUUAUCAUCCACCUGCAAAGAACGUUGAUCCGUUCCCUGGCCAAUUUGCAGGUUUCGGUUCCGUCUAUUUCGUCCGAGGUGGACCCCAUGUUGAACUACAAUGCAAUCUUUCGAAAGACGGCAACAAGCUUGUAUCGAGCGUCGUAUGGGUUAAGGUGGAAAAUGCGUACCGCCCAUUUCCAUACGGACCCCCUCCCUAUACCGCAAAUCCAUAUUAUUGCUCCUCUGGAGGUUGCCUCGACAAAGCCAUUGAUCUGACUGAGAAACGAUUUAUUGCUGAUAUGCAUGGUGAUAUCGCGACUCUUCACAUUUACGAUUUGCAGCCUCGUGAUUACGGCGUUUAUCGCUGCAGCGGGACGGUGCAAGCUAACAGUGGGUCGUCUGGCGAUACCAACACGAUUUAUCAAAUAGUUGAAUUUUUCAACUAGAGUAGUUUUUCAGACCUAUCUAGAGUGUGUCCAGAGGUCGGUUAUCCACCAUCUUGCUAGCUCUAAAUAUUUUAGUUUAUUUCACUGCUCGGUGCAUGAAACAUGAAGAAUACUUGCUAAAACAAAUAGGUAGGCUUUGUUUCAUUAAAGCUCCACUUUACUUUCUUCGUUCCUGUGCUGUAGUCGACAGCGUUUCGUUAAAAUCGUUAACUUUCCGUAUGCUUUGUAAUGGGUUGACGUUUACUGGAACUCAAUUAGAUUCCCUCUCCGGGUUUCAGUAGUUGGAGUCACAUACCUUUGACAGUUUCAUUCACGUUCAUAUAUACUCAAAUAAACAUAGAUGCAAAAAUGUUUUCUACCAUUGUAUUUUGCAAAGCAGAUUGGAUAUUUUAGGCUAACAAAAAAAUUGAUUCAACUUCCGAAAGCCAAAGCUAAGUAACAUACUGAAAACUUCUCUGCAAACUUCGCCGUCUGCUGCAAGCUUGAGUUUUAUGAGAAGAAGUUUAUGAGAAAAUUAAAACGCUUGGUAUCAGAUUGUUCUAACAUCAACUUAAGUGUGUCGACAAUAAUUCAGUGUUCCUUGGUCCUUGGUUUCUAACGAACAUGAAAUCAAUACCUCAAGUUUUUCCACUUCGUCCUAACUUAACACAGAAAUGAUUUGUCAAAGCGAGGAAAAAGCCUUUCGAUUCUGUCCUUUUUCAAGCCGUACAAUGUUGUAUCUCUAUACAUUUUGCCAUUAGACAAUUAUAGGAAGAAGCAGAUUUUGUUUGCGCUGACGUGGCUUGGUGGCCUCUAUCAAAUUCAAGUUCUAUUCUUACGUGUCAAAUCUGUGACUUUUCUAGAUUAAAGGCUACGUAAACUAUACGAAAAGAAAAAAGAGCGAUGAUUACAGAAUACCUCAAUCCAUGCAUUGCACUGAUUGUAACUCUUAAAAUUCUCUUAAUAAACCCAUUAUAGGCACAGACUAAGUGAGACUGCAUCGAUGAAGGGGAUGUUCUCCUUCAAAUCGUGCUGUGAUCUAGUCAUUAUACAGACUAGUUCUAUAAAGUUCUUCGAUUGCUUAAAUGAAGACGGCUAUUGUUCAAACGGAUUUUUAACUUUGAUAAGUAAUUAAUUCAACGACAUCUUGUAUCACAAAUAUAUGGCCUGUUGCCGUUAGCUUCUUUGUCCACCUUUUCAGUCGAUCGAUCAAAGGGCACAAUACAACAUGUUAUUUUUAGCAGCGGGUUCACCCGCAACAGAUUAAAAGUACGUCUAAUUAGUAUUCUCCUUCACAUACAGAACAGUUUUCUCUCUGCACGACCAGUGAGUGAAUAGAGCUAGCCAACGAGAGCCUUUGUUUGUUGUCGGCCCUGCUGCUCUAUAAUGCGCGUGAGAACUUUUUUACCAUCAUACUAAGUAAGUAAACGGAAGCUUUGUCACCGCUGCUCGUGUUUACCAGCGUAACCUAUUUAUUCCAAGCACAAUAAUCUCUCCGGCUCCUCGUGUUUUGAAACCAAAGGAACAACAAAUGGAGAUUUACCCACAGGUGUCAACUAAUCGGCAUGAUUAUUAAAGAUAGUCAGUCUCACUAAAGGAUUCUUGAAUUGCUUCUUGAUUGGAUGCUAAUACGAUUCUGAACGCAGAACUUGAAACAUUUAUCUUGGAGUUCACUAGUAACUACCGGAUGGUUCAGGUGAUCUGGUGAGUACAUUUAUAUGCUAUUUUUUCAAGUACGCUCAUCAAACUAUUUAUUUUUCUAUUUAUUUUUUCUUAUAUUACAAAAAACAAACAAAUUAUUUUUUCUAGUAUGAUCAUUCAACAACAUGUUACUACUAGAACCCAUAACUGCUAAAGGUACCUCUACUCAACAAGUAGUGGAAGUUAUCCCUCUCUAUUCUAACUGAACAAAAUUAAACAAGUUAACAAAAAUAUCGACCCAAAAACCGUAAUAAAUUAAAUUAAUACGUUAUGAAAAACGUUUAUACAUCCACGUGAAAAUUAUCCGCCGAAGUUCGUCAUUAUUUAGAGAAGUGUUCAAAUGGUUGGCUGAGACCUUCACGGACGAAAAUCUUCUACCUAAGUAGACACAGCUUUACAUUUAAUUUUAAGGUUGGAGGACCGCAGAAGAAAGAUAAGAAGAAAUUAUUUUCGCUAGCCAUAAGAAAAAUAACUAUUUUAAGUAUUACAAUGGAUAAAUAGACUGGCCUUCAAAAUCUAAGAACUUUAGAGAUCAGCCUAAUAAAACGCCUAAGUUUCGUGUUGACUUGUAAGUUACUGAUGAUAUUAUUCGAGAUGAUCAACAUAGACAUUUCCAGAAGAAAUUCGAUUACAAAGACGAUUACUGCGUCACAAAUAUUAUUCUCCUUUUUGGUAUUUUAGCGUCAUAAAAAUAGUUUGCAGCCAUUUGUCGAAAAGCAUAUUUAAAGUUAUACAUGAUUUGUUAAUUUCUUGUAAGGAACAAUAAGGCGACUAUAACGAAAAGACAAGCACACCGAACACGAGUUACGAUUGUACAUGAUAGAUACAGUUUAAUGGCAUGAAUAGGCAAGCAGCGAAAGGCCGUAAAGUGCGACAGAAAAGACAGUGAAGAAUCUCCCAUGCCUUUUUUGCCUUACAUUUUGAGCGGCGUGUCCUUGUUGUGUCCUGGCGAGCUGAA